ACAAGAUGGCAGCGUCCAUAGCGGCAUUAAUUGAUUCUCUUCCAAAUAGUGAAAACAAAUUGGAGGUUUUGGCGGAUCUAAAAGCCGUUUUAGGAAAUACUCCUAUUCAGUCGAUAUCUUCAAUAAGUGCAAAUGUAUCUUUCAGUAGUGUGUUCGAAUGUCUUUCUACGGAUAAUGGAGAGGAGCUGGAGAUGUGCUGUGAAGUUCUACAGAAGCUGCUGUCCCCUCUGCCACCAGACGUGAUUCUCACCCAGUUCCACGACGAACUUCUGACGGGUCUGCAACAUGAUGAGCUGCCAGUCCGCAAACUCUGUCUCUCACAGAUUCUUAGGGUGAGUGACAUCAGUUCUGAAGAGUUGACCCAGUAUGAAGACAUUCUGGUAAAGUUGGUGAAAGCCCUGGCUGAUGAAAGUCUGGAUGUGGCAAAGUCAGCUUCACAAGUCCUCACAAAACUUGGUUCCUCUGAGGAAGGUCUAUCCACUCUGUACUCAGAGAACCUCAUGAGCACCAUACAAGAUGUGUUGCUUGGCAACGAUACUAUCAGAUUCAGAGUCUAUGAGACCAUUGUGAACAUCAGUGGCCAGUGUGAGGCAGGUCUCCGUAUGAGUUUCCAGAGUGGCCUGCUACAACAGUUCCUGAAUGAGCUACACAAGGACGACAUUCUCGUGCAGCUCAACUGUCUUGAACUGCUCUCUCAUUUGGCCUCUUCAGAGCAUGGGUUGGCCUAUCUAAAGGAGCAUGAUGUCAUCGCCAGGCUGGAGACCAUGUUGAGGUCGGCCCACGAUGAACCCCUAGCGGGAUUUCUUAUUCCUGGCCUAAUAAAGUUUUUUGGUUGUGUUGCGCGGCUUUACCCAAAAGAAGUGUGUUCACAGAACGAGUCCUUUGUGGCAACAGUCUUCAACAACCUGUCAUCUCCGGAGAAUCCCUCAAUGCUGAGUCUAGCUGUACAAACUGUUGGCUUCAUUGGUUCAUCCAUAGAAGGAAAAAUGGCUCUGGAAAAAUUGGGUAACAAGAUGGACACUGGCAUGAGAUGUAUCGGUAAAGUACUAAGGGAGUCCCAGCAAGAUAUAAAGAUCAUUAUUCUACAAGCCCUGAGUUGUCUCAUGAGACUCAAGAUAGAGGAUCAAACCAGUGAACUGUUGAAGCUGACAGAGCGGUGGUACAACUGUCUUGGAUCCAACACUUUCUCCUACCUUAUGUCACUUGCCACACAACCAUUCCCCGAGCUACGCAUUCCCCUACUCGCCUUGUUAGAAGCCCUCGCAGGGCAGAUGUGGGCACAGAAUAUCAUGUCUGACCAUCCAGGCUUUCGUGAAUACUUGCUUGACCGAUCUACGGAGAAGACAAAAGAAUGCAAGGAGUGGAAAUAUAACCUUGUGUUGACUUUGGCGAAAUCGCCAACUGUCUCGGAAGUGUUUGGUCCACCGUAUGUGGUACAGUUGAAGGUGUAUUGUAACCAGGGACCAUUCUUUGUUAGGGCACAAGCGGAGGUUGCUAUGGAAGGAGAUUCAUAGUUUUUACUACUGUAAAAUCAUUAUUAUUGUUUGGACAUUAACUUUCGUUGAUGUUGCGGGUCGAUUGCUCCGCAAUUUUAACACAAAUACAUCCGAAAAUGACCGACGCAAAUUGCUUUUUUCUCCAGAAUCAGAAAUGUUUACUGGUAGUAGAGCUUGAAAUAUUGUACUGUGAGCAUUCUACUCCCAACUUGUCACAUUUUCUCCAAAAUUGAAUGAAAUUAUUUUGCACUAAUGACAUUCAGAAAUCCAAAUAAUUAUUUAAACCUUGUUAUUUUAAUUAGAUUGCAUCGAAAGCCUAAGACUUACUAAGAUGCUUUAGAGUCUGUUUCCUAAGAAGUAUCAGUUCUUGGUGUGUGUUUUUUGGGCUAGAUUUUAAGAUCUCUUGUCACAGUGGGAAUUGAACCGUUGGUUAUUAUCCCUUGGUAUUUCAACAAUAAACAUUAAUGGUAUCAUGAACAUAUAAUUUUGUGAAAUAUUGUUAGUCUUGUCACUUACUUUUAUGUUCAAUUGUAUUAAAAUGUAUACACAUAUAUUAUAACCUUGUAAAGACAAUACUCUGUACACUUCUUUUGAUGCUUUUCAAAUGAGUAUGAAAAGACUACAAAAGCAUAAAAGGUUAAGCACAAGGCUACAUUGACGCGGCUGUAGUAAAUGCGCUUCUGACUUACCUUGUGUGUUAAUUAAAAGCAUUUCACAUAAGGGAUUGAUGUACAUGUGUGUUUUUACAUAUUGAGACAUAACAAAUGUUUGUUUUCACUCAAAUUCCAUGGAUUUUUACAUAACUCGUUGUUUAUAAAUUUUAUUAAAUAUAAACACAUUAUGUACAUAUAUAAUAUUCAGAUAAUAAAGGAUAUUACACAAUGUUUACAUAAAACUAGAACUCAUGUUAACUGAAAAGACAAUUGUACACGCAUAAAACUAAAGUGUUGCGUAAUUACCCAUAAUAUAGGAAGAAAAAUCCGUAAUAAAAUAAAUAAGAUCAGUUGUAAAGAAACGAUAAUGCCCAUCAGUUGUGCAAUAAGUGAAUAAAAUAUUCUUACAAA